UCCAAGACAUACACAUUCAUCUGUAGGAGGGGAAAAAACAAGGUGAGACAUGGUUUGUCUUCACAUAAAAAAUGAUGAAAAUAUUCUGUGAGAGAUACCUUUCACCUUACUCUGUUGACUGGGAAGGUAGCACCACAGAAUCAAUCAUGUUUCUUGUUUAAUCUCUUUCCUAGUAAUCCGUCACCAUGAGUACGGACGCAGAGAUGCAAAUCUAUGGCAAGGCUGCCAUUUACCUCCGUAAGCCUGAGAAGGAGAGGAUGGAGGCACAAACCGCACCCUUUGAUUCAAAGAACGCAUGUUAUGUGUCAGACACCAAGGAGCUGUACCUUAAGGGUCUGGUCACCGCCAGGGCCGACGGGAAGUGUACCGUGACAGUCACGAAUCCUGACGGCUCCAAGGAGGUAAGGCUGAUUUGAAAAUUAUUCAAGUUCAAGUUUGUGCAAUUACUCAACAUGAUCAAAAACAUGCCAAUAGACCAAAUGUAAUCAGAAACAAACGAUAGAUUAAGAAGCAUUGCUUCAUUUUUUUUGUAAGCAGAAUAUAACCUUCAAACAUCCUUUUUAUCACUGCUUUUUAAAAGUGGCAUCAUUUUUUUUAUUUUUUAGAUAUAAGUCAAUAAUUAACAUGUACACUGAGUAUACCAAACAUUAGGAACACCUUCCUAAUAUUGAGCAAUAGCAGCCUCAAUUCGUUGGGCCUUCAUCAUCUGGUACCAUGUGUCUCAGUUGGUAGAGCUUGGUACUUGCAAUGCCAGGGUUGUGGGUUUGAUUCCCAUGUGGGACCAGUACACAAAAAAGUAUGAAAAUGUUUGAACUCACUACUGUGUGUCGCUUUGGAUAAGAGAGUGUCCUAAAUGACGUUAACGAAUGGCACACAAUCCAUGUCUCAAUUGUCUCAAGGCUUUAAAAUCCUUUCUUAAACCUGUCUCCUCCCCUUCAUCUACACUGAUUGAAGUGGAUUUAACAAGUGACAUCAAUAAUGGAUCAUAGCUUUCACCUGGAUUCACCUGGUCAGUCUGUGUCAAGGAUGGGCAACUGGCGGCCCCCCACCCCCGUCAAAGAUCAAAGUUACCCAUCCCUGGUCUAUGUCAGGGAAGAGCAGGUGUUCUUAAUGUUUUGUGUACUCAGUGUAUGUGUCAGUGGGUGACAAAGUAGUUGGAUUAAAUGGAGGUUUGCAUUUUUUAAAAGAUUGAACUCGUAUUUAAUGAGCAAAAAGCAUUCAGUCAAGUCUAGUUUGAUCUGCGUGUAAUCUAGAUUUCUGACUGUUUCAGGAAGGAAAAGUGUUCAAAGAGGCAGACGUCUACCAGAUGAAUCCCCCUAAGUACGACAAGAUUGAGGACAUGGCCAUGAUGACCUACCUGAAUGAAGCCUCUGUGUUGUAUAACCUCAAAGAGCGUUAUGCAGCAUGGAUGAUCUAUGUAAGAAACCUGCAUAAACAUACACAAUUACAUGAACAUGAACAAAUACAUACAUAAAGUACUACACAUCAACACAUACAAUACUACACAUUAACACAUACAGUACUACACAUUAACACAUACAAUACUAUACAUUAACACAUACAGUACUACACAUCAAAACAUACAGUACUACACAUUAACACAUACUGUACUGCACAUCAACACAUACAAUACUACACAUUAACACAUACAGUACUGCACAUUAACACAUACAGUACUACACAUCAACACAGACAAUACUACACAUUAAUACAUACAAUACUACACAUCAACACAUACAAUACUACAAAUUAACACAUACAGUACUACACAUUAACACAUACAAUACUACACAUCAACACAUACAAUACUACACAUUAACACAUACAGUACUACACAUUAACACAUACAGUACUACACAUUAACACAUACAGUACUACACAUUAACACAUACAGUACUACACAUUAACACAUACAGUACUACACAUUAACACAUACAGUACUACACAUUAACACAUACAGUACUACACAUUAACACAUACAGUACUACACAUUAACACACACAGUACUACACAUUAACACACACAGUACUACACAUUAACACAUACAGUACUACACAUUAACACAUACAGUACUACACAUUAACACAUACAGUACUACACAUUAACACAUACAGUACUACACAUGAACACAUACAGUACUACAGAUACCAAUACAGCACACCCACAUGACCAAAGUCCACCCACAUCCUCACGUAAAUCCAGGUAAAAGUCAAUCAGAUUUUGCUAAUCCCCUAAUUGAAUUGAAUGCCUUUCAUCCAGACCUACUCUGGGCUCUUCUGUGCCACGGUGAACCCCUACAAGUGGCUCCCCGUGUACGACAUGGAGGUUGUCAACGCCUACAGAGGGAAGAAGAGGAUGGAGGCUCCACCCCAUAUCUUCUCCGUCUCUGACAACGCCUUUCAGUUCAUGCAGAUUGGUACGAGCUCUCAUGGAUGGCUGUCCGUAAAUGCAUAUGGAUCACAAAGUCCAUAAAUUCUCAUGGAUGGAUGGAUGGAUGGAUUGAAGUAAAAACAUACUUUAGAGAGGGAGACACUUAAAACAAAUGGUUCUAUUUAGUGCAACUGCCAAAUAAGGGUUAUUUGGCUCGUAACGAUAGUGGAUUCACCAUUCUGGUGCUAUAUAGAACCCUUUUGUGAAGGUUCUAUAAAGAACCAUGCUUAUACAAUUCUAAAUGGAACCUUUAUGGUGCUACAAAGGACCUUUUGAAUAACCACAAGGGUUCUUUUUUCUGAUUAGUCAUAAUAUGUUAAAAUUCUAUAGGUUUUAUUAUUGGUUAACUGACAAGUGGAAUCAGUUGUGUUCACCCUGGAACAGCUGGGGAUCCUAUGGAGAGAAUUUAAAACCACAUAUUUUAGUUCUCAAAAGACGCAAGGCCAUACACUAGUCUUUCUCAAGACACAAGCACUGGGCAUAAUAAUAAUUUGGUGAGUGCUUAUAUUUGUCCUGUUUCACAUACAUAUGUAUAAUACAAGUGUGUACGCAUGUUUUUAAUGAAGGUGUGUUUUUUUGCAUAUCCAAACACCCCGAGACACCCUCGGAGAGUGGGGUCAUGGCCAUUGUCAGCCAUUAGCAACGGCAACCCUGCAGCAAUUUUCACCUUGUCAGCUCAGAGAUUCAAACUAGCAACCUUUCGGUUCCUGGCCCAACGCUCUGACCGCUAGGCUCCCUGCAUUGUAAUGGCAUUACACAACAGAUUAGGAGAACGUUCCAUACUGAAAUCCAUGAUGAUGCUACGAAUGCAAUAAUGUACCCACAUCUUUGCUUGAGGAUGAUGAGGAAUAUGUUUUUUGGUUACAGAUAACGAGAACCAGUCCGUCCUGAUUACGUAAGUUGUUUACCAAAAUGUCACUUGAGAAAGGGUUUCUGUUGUAAUAUGUUGGGUGACUUGGGAAUAUUUGUUAAUGAUUUUUGUUAGAAAACAGGUCAACAGUGUAUAUUUCAAUGCUAUUUCUUAGUGAAAGACAAUUUUACAUUCAAACAUGUAACUAUAAACCCUCUUUCUCUGUCAUAUAAACCAGUGGAGAAUCCGGUGCAGGAAAGACUGUCAACACCAAGCGUGUCAUCCAGUACUUCGCCACCAUUGCAGUGUCUGGUGCCAAGAAGGAAGUAGACCCCAACAAAAUGCAGGUAGGUUGUGCUCAUGUUUCCCUUUCUAACACAUUUCAGUUUGGAUGGGGGUGGAAACUUUUUUUUCAACAGUGAAUCCUGUUUCGAGAAAAAUGAGUGUUCAAGCUGUCAAGAAAAACGACCUUUACCACUUUACAAGUUUCUGAGCAACUUGUGUUUGUCUCAAUCAGGGGUCUCUUGAGGAUCAGAUCAUUGCAGCUAACCCUCUGCUGGAGGCUUACGGUAAUGCCAAGACAGUGAGGAAUGACAACUCGUCUCGCUUUGUAAGUAUAAAGGGCAUACUGUGGAAGUUACCUUAUAUUGGAAACAUUUAUUUCAGUAGUUCCCUAUUGCUAUAUCAAUAGAUUUCCAACGAACUGUAACAUUUAAAGGGGUCUAUCAAAGUAAAGCGUUAGGCCUCCCGGGUGGCGCCGCGGUCUAAGAAACUGCAUCGCAGUGCUUGAGGCACUACAGAUCCCAGGAUGUGUCGCAGCCGGCCGCGACCGGGAGACCCAUGAGGCGACGCACAAUUUGCCCAGCGUCGUCCGGGCUAGGGGAGGGUUUGGCCGGCUGGGAUGUCCUUGUCCCAUUGCGCUCUAGCGACUCCUGUGGCAGGCCGGGUGCAUGCACGCUGACACGGUCGCCAGUUGUACGGUGUUUCCUCCGACACAUUGCUGCGGUUGGCUUCCGGGUUAAGCGAGCAGUGUGUCAAGAAAGCAGGGUGCAUUGGCAGGGUCGUGUUUCAGAGGACGCAUGGCUCUUGACCUUCGCCUCUCCCGAGUCCGUACGGGAGUUGCAACGAUAGGACAAGACUGUAACUACAAAUCAGGGAGAAAAAGGGGUAGAAAGUACACAUAAAAAAGUAAAGUGUUAGAUUUGUUUCUAACCUCCAUGCUCUACUAAAGGGUAAAUUCAUCAGGAUUCACUUCCAAGGAGCCAAACUGGCUAAAGCUGACAUUGAGACCUGUGAGUUGGUUUUGAUUGUUUCUCAAUGCUUUCCUAAAUUCACACAGAUAAUUAUUUGGAGAUCAUUUCAUCACGUUUAACUGUAUCUUAUGUUUUCUCUCUCUCUCUCUCUCUCUCUCUCUCUCUCUCUCUCUCGUCUCUUCUCUCUCUAUCGUCUCUCGUCUCUGUCUCUGUCUCUCUCUCCUCUCUCUUCUUCUCUGUCUCUUCUCUCUCUUCUCUCUCUCUCUCUCCUCUCUCUCUCUCUCUCUCUCUCUCUCUCUUCUCUCUCUCUCUCUCUCUCUCUCUCUCUCUCUCUCUCUCUCUCUCUCCUCUUUCAGACCUGCUGGAGAAGUCCAGAGUGUCCUUCCAGCUGCCCGAUGAGAGAGGCUACCACAUCUUCUUCCAGAUGAUGACCAAUCACAAACCUGAGAUAGUUGGUACGGCAAAGCAGAGGUUCAUGGGAAAUUAUUCCCAACCCUCUGUGGAACUUAUUUAAAAAAUACAUAAAAAAUCCACACUAUUAAUACUAUUACAAUGAGUACAUUCAAGGUAACAAGGCAUCUAGACAUGGGUCAGGUCUUUGGGAAAGACAUAUUAAGUAAUGCAUUGUGAUACAUUAGUCCAGGAGUCUCAGUCCCCUCUUUUGAUGCUAUUUAUUAUAUACUACAUGUAUCCUCGAGUCCAUGUUAUUGAGUAAAGGAGGGAGAUAUACGGUCAUGGUAGGACAGAAGAAUUCUGAGAGAUUUAAUUGACAAGCCGUUCUCUGUUGUCCACAGAAAUGUCGCUCAUCACUACCAACCCCUAUGACUUCCCCAUGUGCAGCCAGGGUCAGAUCACUGUGGCCAGCAUCAACGACAAGGAAGAGCUGGAUGCCACAGAUGUGAGUUAUACAAAGGGUUAACCAGACUCUAGAUAUGGAAUGGGUAGGACCACCAUACACACUGAAUGCAUUGUGCAAUUCCAACUUGGUGGCAGCUGGGAAUUGUAAUGUAUAUUUAUGCUUGAUUCAAACUUCCUUGUGUUAGUUAGGCAUGUGCCUCAAGGCACUCUUCAUGCCUUCACUCUUCACCUAGAGGCACAUACAUGGAAGACAUCCACAAGAGAAGAGAGCACCACUAAGUGCCCUGUGCAACAGUGUAAAACGCAUUUUGUGCUGCCAUCUACUAGUGUGUUGACCAAGCGUCAUCAUGUGAAACAGAGAAGCCAGUGAAAUGUAUCCAUCCCAUUUGUCCUGGAGUGAGCUGGAACUGAGUAAACUGCAGUUCACUUCAUCACUGUUGUACUUCCUCUCUAAUGCCAGGAUGCCAUUACAAUCCUGGGCUUCACUAAUGAGGAGAAGAUGAGCAUCUACAAGCUGACAGGAGCUGUACUGCACCAUGGAAACUUGCACUUCAAGCAGAAGCAGCGUGAGGAGCAGGCCGAGCCAGACGGCACAGAGGGUGAGUCCCAGUCAUAGAUAUACAAUAUGUAAAGCAUCAGUCCCAUUCCCACUCCCAAACAUAAACCAAUUACACGUUAGACAGACAGUGCCACAUGAAAGUCAGGCAGGAGAUCAUUUUUGGAGACCAAAUUCCAACCUCCAGAAAUGAUUUGAAAUGAUGGAUGUGGGUGAAAAUCAAAACCUAACCCCACAAAAGAGUUGACCAAACUAUUUUGUCAGUGUGACAUCAGAAACAAGUGAUCUUGUGUGCCUGAGUCUGUCGUUGUUGGUUCUCUCUCCAGUGGCUGAUAAAAUCGGCUACCUGCUGGGCCUGAACUCAGCUGACAUGUUGAAGGCUCUGUGCUACCCCAGAGUGAAGGUCGGCAACGAGUACGUGACCAAGGGACAGACUGUGCCUCAGGUAAGGCAGUCAAACACAGCAUCUACCAUUUUCUCACCACUGGAACUAUUUUGGGGACGAGGGCAUUGCUUUUUUUGAAUAGUGAUGUUGUUUUUUUCUCAAGCUCUUAUCACCUUAUCACUAGACAGGGUCAAUAUCUUACAUAUUCAUUUGAGGUAUAAUCAUUGCAGGUUAAUAACUCAGUGAGUGCCCUGGCUAAGUCCAUCUAUGAGAGGAUGUUCUUGUGGAUGGUCAUCCGUAUCAACGAGAUGCUGGACACCAAACAGCCAAGGCAGUUCUAUAUCGGUGUGCUCGACAUUGCUGGGUUUGAGAUCUUUGAUGUGAGUAUGAGACCAGAACAAGACAAUUAGUUGUGAUUGAGAGGAAUUGCAGCCUUGAAUGAUGAAAUGAUCCCUUUUCAAAUUCCAUCAACAGUACAACAGCAUGGAGCAGCUGUGCAUCAACUUCACCAAUGAGAAACUGCAACAGUUUUUCAACCACACCAUGUUCGUCCUGGAGCAAGAGGAGUACAAGAAGGAAGGAAUUGUCUGGGCCUUCAUUGACUUCGGCAUGGACUUGGCUGCCUGCAUUGAGCUUAUUGAGAAGGUAAACUGUCUGAGGAUUACAAUGGACCACAACAGCAAAGCUGAUAGCGAGUGCUGUGUGAGAUAUUAUCACUGGGGUAUAACGUAUUUGACUGUUGAUAACUCAAUAUGUUAUCUAUUAUGUGCCCCUAAAUUAAUAUAAUCCUAUAAUAGCAUGUUAGCUAAAGGAAUGCAUGUGAUCCUAAAUGUAAAUAUCAUUAAUUUGAUACAUACUCUUUUCGUAAAGCCAUUGGGCAUCUUCUCCAUCCUUGAAGAGGAGUGCAUGUUCCCCAAGUCUUCAGACACUACCUUCAAGGACAAGCUGUACGCCCAGCAUCUUGGGAAAACCAAGGCGUUUGAGAAGCCCAAGCCUGCCAAAGGCAAGGCAGAGGCCCACUUCUCCCUGGUGCACUACGCCGGCACUGUGGACUACAACAUCACUGGCUGGCUGGAGAAGAACAAGGACCCCCUGAACGAUUCAGUUAUUCAGCUGUACGGGAAGUCCUCAGUUAAACUGUUGGCUGCCCUGUACCCCGCUGCCCCACCUGAGGGUAAGACCAGCAUCACGCCAAAAGAUUUAACUAAGCACUAGUUACAACUCAGACCCACGUUUCCUUUAGUCUUUGAAUGUAUCACAAAUUCUCAGGCUUAUUCACUGCGUACAUUUAAUUGGUGUUGUUUUACACAAUCUCAUUGGCACCAUUUGCGUUAAAGAUAAGUGUGAAGUUAACCCCAGAUUCUCUCAUUUAUAAUUAGUGUGCUUUGCUGAAGUCAAAGACCAUUUUAGAUGUCUUACAUACUCGGAUUUGUAUUCUAUUCAUUCCACCCGCUGUGGGAAAUGUACUUGUCUAGUUAUCUUUUACUUUGCCCAUUUUAACAGAUAAUACCAAGAAGGGAGGCAAGAAGAAGGGUGGUUCCAUGCAGACUGUGUCCUCCCAGUUCAGGGUGAGCUUCUGAAAUGUGUAUAUUCAGUCCUUCAAAAGGUGCAUUGAUUAUCAUCAAUUAUUUCUGAGAAAAUGGUUUGUAACCCUCUUACAGGAGAACUUACAUAAGCUGAUGACCAACUUGAGGAGCACUCAUCCUCACUUUGUGCGCUGCCUGAUCCCCAACGAGUCAAAGACUCCAGGUACAAAAAAUAUUGAGUUAAAUAUGGCAUCUUAUCAGUUCAGUAACCUUAAUGAGCCCAAUCUUUAACCUGUUUAUGAGUAUUGAAAGAGACUUGGUUUGUUUUUCCAGGUCUGAUGGAGAACUUCCUGGUUAUCCACCAGCUCAGGUGUAAUGGUGUACUGGAGGGUAUCAGGAUCUGCAGAAAGGGCUUCCCCAGCCGAAUCAUCUAUGCUGACUUCAAGCAGAGGUACACAAGCACACACACACAAAUAAACACAUGCGCGCGUGCAUGCACGUGUACACGCACACACAGAAAGAUCUUCUCCAAGGGUUUUCCCAGCAUCAGAACAGUCUUACCUUUUACUUAAUAUAACCAAUCUAUUACAACUUGACGUAUGUUCAAAAUGUAUCCUCAUUCAGGUACAAAGUACUGAAUGCCAGUGUCAUCCCCGAGGGCCAGUUCAUGGACAACAAGAAGGCUUCUGAGAAGCUGCUUGGGUCCAUUGAUGUGAAUCACGAUGAUUACAAGUUUGGACACACCAAGGUCAGUCACCUACACCCUGCAAAAGCUGACAACAAAACACAACUUCAUUGAUCAUUUAAACGCUAACCAUUCAACAUCCCUCCAGUUGGUCUAUACGUCCUUUUGAUUUUUCUUCUUCAUUUAAAGGGGCAAUCAGCUGUUCAAACAAUUAUAAAGUGUCCUCCCAGGCCCCCUGUUUCGGUAAAAAGCUGAGGGAUGUGGCUGGAGAAAUGUAACCACUCUCAAAUUCAUAGACUGAGAUAUGGAUGCAAGGACUGACCAUCCAUGAUAUCAAGAUGAUAGUUUUAACCAUGUUUUGAGGCUAUAUAGUGUUAGUUUACAUUUACUUUGUCUAAAAACAUUGGAGUAAAACUAGCUUAUAUUUUGGGUUCUGGUGGGGUACGACAGUUGAACUAAGCUCAUGAGGCAUUUAUAAGUUAUAUUCUUCAAGAAUCAAUGGGUACGUCUAAUUAAUUUAUAGGUCCAAAAAUAGAUGUAGAAACAGCAGAGUGCCCCUUUAACUAAUGGAAAAGGUGUAAAAACAUUGGUAGUGUUUUGUUCUUCAAAGUCAUCCAUCACAAGCAUAGAAGAGAAACUCAACUCAUUGUCAUGUGCAUUGUGUUAGACUGGGAUGGCUUCAGUUAUCUGUAUCUGUGUACAUUAACUAUCUACAACUGUACAAUAACAACUUAUAAACAACCUAUCCCAUGGUUCGUUUGUAAGCAUUACAAUGUUUAUGUUGUUCAAAUCAAUCUAGUGGUGUUGUUCCUCUCUUUUGAUUCAACACUUUUUAUCUGUCACCAUCUGACUGUGGUUUCAUAAUUGACCAUGUUUACCUGUGUCUCAGGUGUUCUUCAAAGCCGGUCUGCUGGGUGUCCUGGAGGAGAUGAGAGAUGAGAAGCUGGCCUCUCUGGUCGGCAUGGUCCAGGCUCUCAGCCGUGGAUUCCUCAUGAGGAGAGAGUUCACCAAGAUGAUGGAGAGGAGGUGAGGAAUAGUAGAUGUCUUGGCAAAGCUUUCUGUCAACCACCUGUAUCUAAUUCAUUAUGACUAAAUAUUGUAUAUGCUGUGAGUUGUUCACAAUGAGAAAGUAUGUCUUAGAAUAAUCUAUUAAAGCUGUAGUUUGGGAUUUGGAAAGCUGUUGAAUUGUCAUUUAAAUGUGCGAUAUUUACCCAUUAAUUCUUGAAGAAUAUAAAAUGCCUCAUGAGCUUAGCCUGACCUGUCAGUCCUCACAUCUAAAGCUCUGUCUAUGAAUUUAAGAGGGGGUUACAUUUCCCUAGCCCCAAUCCUCAGCUGUUCACAAAAGGGGGGGGGGGGGGGGGGGGGGGGGGGGGAUGCACCAUUUUGUGGUUCUUCGAAUCCCAGAAUGUACCUUUAUUAAACAUGUCACUCACCAUGCCACUCACCAUGCCACUCACCAUGCCACUCACCAUGCCACUCACUCACCAUGCCACUCACCAUGCCACUCACCAUGCCACUCACCAUGCCACUCACCAUGCCACUCACCAUGCCACUCACCAUGCCACUCACCAUGCCACUCACCAUGCCACUCCAUCCUUUCUGUCGCCCAGAGAUGCAGUCUUCACCAUCCAGUACAACAUUCGCUCAUUCAUGAAUGUGAAGACCUGGCCAUGGAUGAAGGUGUACUUCAAGAUCAAGCCCCUGCUGAAGAGCGCAGAGACUGAGAAGGAGCUGGCCAACAUGAAGGAGAACUAUGAGAAGAUGCAGACGGACCUGGCCAAGGCUCUGGCCAAGAAGAAGGAGUUGGAGGAGAAGAUGGUGUCCCUGCUGCAGGAGAAGUCAGACCUGGCGCUCCAAGUCGCAUCUGUGAGUGAUCAACGACCCCCAUGAUGGCACAUUUACACACAUAUGAUAACAGACACGAACACGCGCAUGCACAAACAAACACACAAACACACACAAUCACACAUACACACACUUAUGAACACUGUGACGAAUGUGCUAACUCACACAUUUACAUUGACUAUGUUACAUAGGCUAUACAUUUCAUGCAUUUAUUUUGAUUUGCUCUGACCUCUUUGACAACAUUACGUCUAUCUGUUGAUACACAAAGUGAGGCUGCACAUUUUUUCUCCUGUUCUGAAACCAGGAUUCAGAGAAUCUGAACGAUGCUGAGGAAAGGUGCGAGGGGCUCAUCAAGAGCAAGAUCCAGCUGGAGGCCAAACUCAAAGAGACAACCGAGAGGCUGGAGGAUGAGGAGGAGAUGAAUGCUGAGUUGACUGCCAAGAAGAGGAAGCUGGAGGAUGAGUGCUCUGAGCUGAAGAAGGACAUUGAUGACCUGGAGCUCACCCUGGCCAAAGUGGAGAAGGAGAAGCACGCCACCGAAAACAAGGUCUCGUAGACAAUCUCACAAAACAAUAAUCUAUACAAUUACCAACUCAAACCAUAGUUAAACAGAAAUUGAAUUCAAGUCGUUUUGAGGGUGCAGGGAAAAUCAAGACACAAAAUAGUGGAAUGUCUGUUUUGGGGUACUCCCCACAUUCAUUGCAUGUUCCCCCCUCGUUUAUGAUUUCCCCUCAGUACACUGGCAUGGAGUACACUGCCAUCUAUUGUUGAGUCUAUAGUACAGUAUUUGUUGACCUUUCUAAUCUGAAUGAAAUGAAUGCAAUAUAUAUCAAACUAAAUCUCCCCUUUAUGGUGAAGUCACCAUAAAGACUCAUUUUGUUGUGACUGUUUUCAGGUUAAAAACCUGACAGAGGAGAUGGCAUCUAUGGAUGAGAGUGUUGCCAAGCUGACCAAGGAGAAGAAAGCCCUCCAAGAGGCCCACCAGCAGACACUGGACGACCUGCAGGCAGAGGAGGACAAAGUCAACACUCUGACCAAGGCCAAGACCAAGCUGGAACAGCAAGUGGACGACGUGAGUGGAGUUUGACAUUUUUGGCCAUGAUAUGAUGAUAUUAUCUUUAGUUAUUUAGAUUUGAACAAUAUGUGUGUGUUUUUAUAUUGUAGCUUGAGGGUUCUCUGGAGCAAGAGAAGAAGCUCCGUAUGGACCUUGAGAGAUCCAAGAGGAAGCUGGAGGGAGAUCUGAAACUGGCCCAGGAGUCCAUAAUGGACCUGGAGAAUGACAAGCAGCAGUCUGAUGAGAAAAUCAAGAAGUAAACACAAACAAAUGUUUACAGUUUUACAAAUAUUGAUCAUAAAGGUUGUUCUUGACACAUGUUUGUAAUUAUGAAUUAGCAUUUGCAUGUGAUCGUUAAAAGCAAAGUGAAUGGUAUGAUAUUCUCACUUUACACUAUCAAAUCAAAAUUAUCUCUGCAAUUGACGUGUUUGUGUUUCAUAGGAAGGACUUUGAGACCACCCAGCUCCUCAGCAAGAUUGAGGAUGAGCAGUCUCUGGGAGCUCAGCUGCAGAAGAAGAUCAAGGAACUCCAGGUACAACAAGAUAUAAGCUCCUGUACAGGAAAGAACACACCUGAAUCAUUUCCUGUAAAAAUGUAUUCUGGUAGCACACAUUUUCCCUGGUGGCUUCUGACGGCUCAGUAAAUUGGAACAUGGUGCUUCUUACUGUUGUAAAGAUGGUGUUUCUUAACGUUGUAAAAUUGGUGCUUCUUACUGUUGUAAAGAUGGUGCUUCUUACUGUUGUAAAGAUGGUGUUUCUUAAUGUUGUAAAGAUGGUGUUUCUUACCGUUGUGGUUUUGGUUGCCACAUGGGACACUGUCUACUGAAUGUAUUAAUGUAACUGGCUUUGUAUUAACACAUUUAUGCAAAAUAUACAAACUAUUACAAUUUUGUGAGGAUCACUUGUUUCAACUGUAUUGUAGUGUUCAUCCCCCCUGUUCCUGCCCCCUGUUCUAGGCCCGUAUUGAGGAGCUGGAGGAGGAAAUUGAGGCUGAGCGUGCUGCCAGGGCUAAGGUUGAGAAGCAGAGGGCCGAUCUCUCCAGGGAACUUGAGGAGAUCAGCGAGAGGCUGGAGGAGGCCGGCGGCGCCACUGCUGCUCAGAUUGAGAUGAACAAGAAGCGCGAGGCUGAGUUCCAGAAGCUGCGUCGUGAUCUUGAAGAGUCCACCCUGCAGCAUGAGGCCACAGCCGCCGCUCUGCGCAAGAAGCAGGCCGACAGUGUGGCUGAGCUCGGGGAGCAGAUCGACAACCUGCAGCGGGUCAAGCAGAAGCUGGAGAAGGAGAAGAGUGAAUACAAGAUGGAGAUUGAUGACCUCUCCAGCAACAUGGAGGCUGUCGCCAAGUCUAAAGUGAGUAGUGAUGUUUUAGUCAAGAAGUGUUGAGGAGGGUCAACUUCAUUACCAUUCAAGUGAACUGAAGUUGACAGGAGUCCCAUAUAUAAAGUAACGAUGGAACUUGUUUCACUAACAGGGCAAUCUGGAGAAGAUGUGCCGUACUCUUGAGGACCAGCUGAGCGAGCUCAAGACUAAGAAUGAUGAGAAUGUUCGCCAGGUCAAUGACAUCAGCGGACAGAGGGCCAGACUCCUGACAGAAAAUGGUACCCAUCAACAAUGAACAACAAACCAAUGUAGUGUACAAUAACGUUUUGGGGGGCUGUAUCCAUAUAGUCCAGUCCACAUACUGUAGUUUCUACUGUACUAUUCCCCACCUAACUUUGCCCUACGAUACCUCAAAAUACAUUUUCAAUCGUAGUGAAACGAGACCCUAUUAACAAGAUGUCCCUCUUUCCCUGCAGGUGAGUUUGGCCGCCAGCUGGAGGAGAAGGAAGCCCUGGUGUCUCAGCUGACCAGAGGCAAACAGGCCUUCACCCAGCAGGUGGAGGAGAUGAAGAGACUGAUUGAGGAGGAGGUCAAGGUAAGGAACCCAAAAUGGACACCACCGACCACAGAGUUUAGAGCCAUAUCUUCCUAUAGAUUGUGACUACGCCACCCUCAGAGACUUCUACUGUCAUUUGUUUUACUCUCUUUCUCUUUCUCUCUUUCUCUCUCACAGGCUAAAAACGCACUGGCCCACGGUAUCCAGUCUGCCCGCCAUGACUGUGACCUCCUGAGAGAGCAGUUUGAAGAGGAGCAGGAGGCCAAGGCAGAGCUGCAACGCGGAAUGUCCAAGGCCAACAGCGAGGUGGCUCAGUGGAGGACUAAGUAUGAAACUGAUGCCAUCCAGCGCACAGAGGAGCUGGAGGAGGCCAAGUAAGUCACACGCCACAGCAAAAACAUAAACAUAGGGUGUGGAUGGUGAGGGUGGUAGGGGGCUCUGAGAAAAUGUUGCAUCAAUAUGUAUUGUAAGUUAUUUUAACAUUUGUUUUGCAACAAAUUGGUCACAAUAAAAAUCACCCUCUGUCGUCCAACAGGAAGAAGCUGGCCCAGCGUCUGCAGGAGGCUGAGGAGACCAUUGAGGCGACCAACUCCAAGUGCGCCUCCCUGGAGAAGACCAAGCAGAGGCUGCAGGGAGAGGUGGAGGACCUCAUGAUUGACGUUGAGAGAGCCAACGCAAUGGCCGCCAACCUCGACAAGAAGCAGAGGAACUUUGACAAGGUGAAAAUGAAUAACCCUCACCCUAGCGUGAUACUGUAGUUUCUAGUUGCUACAGGAUAUGAUCAAUUGUAGUAAAAUUGUAGUAUAUUUCUGAUUCAAAACUCUUCAUUAUUGACUUCUAAUGAAAAUGCCAUGUAUAUCCCUAGGUUCUGGCAGAGUGGAAGCAGAAGUAUGAGGAGGGUCAGGCUGAGCUGGAAGGAGCUCAGAAGGAGGCUCGCUCUAUGAGCACUGAGCUCUUCAAGAUGAAGAACUCCUACGAGGAGGCUCUGGAUCAUCUGGAGACUCUGAAGAGAGAGAACAAGAACCUGCAACGUGAGCAUUUGACAGAAGUUCUAUUUGGCUCAUGUUUGAAUAAUGUUUUGAAAAUGGAAGAAACUGUAAUCAUCAAAAUUACUAUUACACCAACUCAGUUUUUUUAUGUACAGUUUAAAAUAUUAUUAUUUAGUAUUCGGUAUUCCUUUGAACAACACAAGGAAGUGGAGGGCAAUUAGAUUUGUAAGACCGUAUGAAGUGCUGUUCUUUAAUAAACUAUUAUUAUGAUUUAAUGUCAACUUCAGUGCAUUGGUUAUAUCCACUGAAAAUCUCCCAAGUCUAAACUGCUCCUUUGUUUGUGUGUGCAGAGGAGAUCUCUGACCUGACUGAGCAGAUCGGAGAGACUGGCAAGAGCAUCCAUGAGCUGGAGAAGGCCAAGAAGACUGUGGAGACAGAGAAGUCUGAGAUCCAGACCGCUCUGGAGGAGGCUGAGGUACAAACUACAACUGUAUGAUGGGAAAAGGACUGUUACAACUUUUUCAGCUCCAGACCCAAAAGAGAAAUUGACCGUCCUCCCGUGACCCAAAUCGUUCUCCAAUGAGCCAAAUUAAGAAGAAAGAGUGUGUGAUUUUAAAUAUAUUCUCAUAACUCGCGACUCACCUCUGACAUGCCAAUUCCAGCUACAGUCUAAUGCUCCCUGUAUUGGUGUUUAUUGUAGUCAUAUAUAUUUAAUUUCUUGUGUUAUACACAUCCAAAUGUAAUAAAGACAAUUCGUUUGACUGCUUCUCUUUGUCCAGGGCACAUUGGAGCACGAGGAAUCCAAGAUUCUGCGUGUGCAGCUGGAGCUGAACCAGAUCAAGGGUGAGGUGGACAGAAAGAUCGCUGAGAAGGACGAGGAGAUGGAGCAGAUCAAGAGGAACAGCCAGAGGGUGGUUGACUCCAUGCAGAGCACCCUGGACUCUGAGGUCAGGAGCAGGAAUGACGCCCUGAGGGUGAAGAAGAAGAUGGAGGGAGACCUGAACGAGAUGGAGAUCCAGCUGAGCCACGCCAACAGGCAGGCCGCCGAGGCCCAGAAACAGCUGAGGAACGUCCAGGGACAGCUCAAGGUAAAGGGACUGGGACAUCAGGCUCAAACAUCUGAACAUGGGGAGGGAUUUGUUUGUGAGUCUGUAGAAAAAAAUAAAAUAGAGGAAUUGAAUAGUGGAUUAAUAUACAGUAGAAAGGUAGGGAAAUUGGGGAAAUUCUUACCAAUGAACAUUUCUAUCAAUCACUGAUCCUAUCGCCCCUACCUGCCAAUGAGUCCUAAUGAAUCUAUGUCAUUGUGAACCCCAGGAUGCCCAAUUGCACCUUGAUGACGCCGUCCGCGCCUCAGAGGACAUGAAGGAGCAGGCAGCCAUGGUGGAGCGCAGAAACGGCCUAAUGGUGGCUGAAAUUGAGGAGCUGAGAGUUGCUCUGGAGCAGACAGAGAGAGGCCGCAAAGUGGCUGAGACUGAGCUGGUAGACGCCAGCGAGCGCGUUGGACUGCUGCACUCCCAGGUAUGGGUCAAAAGCCAUUUCUAAUGAAACGCAACCAAGCAUCUGGAAUUCGACAGUGCUGCCUUUUAGAUUUUCAUAAUUUCUGCCCUGUGACUUGUAAGUUCUCUUGAGCGUCAAACAAAUGGUCUUGUUUCCUCCUCCAGAACACCAGCCUUCUGAACACCAAGAAGAAGCUGGAGACUGACCUGGUGCAGGUGCAGGGAGAGGUGGACGACAUCGUCCAGGAAGCCAGGAACGCAGAGGAGAAGGCCAAAAAGGCCAUCACUGAUGUGAGUCCUUAUGAUCUAUUGAAUAACAUCAACUUGAUUUGUCCCAAAGGGCCAAUGGUAGCUGGGUUGGUUAACCACAACAAAGACCUCAGAGGGACGUUAUGAUUGGUGUAGUCUUGGAAAUCCCAGAUCUAGGGCAACAGCGCUACGCCUGGGAAUCGUUACAAAAGUGGAUGGACACACAAUGCGGACGCAGAUAGCUAGGCUAAUUUAAGCCACAGCCAGUCAUUAUUAUUAAUAUUAAUAUUAUCAUUAGCAUCAUGAUGCAUGCAAACGUCUUACUUGUGAAAUACACUCAUUGAAAAUAUACUCUAGCGCCAUCUAGCUAGCAACCCGAACUGUUUGGCAGGGCUCUGGACAGAUUUUACGGCUUCAACUCUGUCCUUUCCUCUCCGUUAAGGUGACGUUGGUUUUAGUGCAGACAUGUAUGCUGCAACAUUGGUAACCCAUCUGUCUGGGAGGCAACCCAUCUGUCUAGAGAGACUAUGAUUGGGGCAAAUUGGUGCAUAUAUUCAACAAAUUACCAUUCCAGGCGGCCAUGAUGGCUGAGGAGCUGAAGAAAGAACAGGACACCAGCUCUCACCUGGAGAGGAUGAAGAAGAACCUGGAGGUCACAGUCAAGGACCUGCAGCACCGCCUGGAUGAGGCUGAGAAUCUGGCCAUGAAGGGAGGCAAGAAGCAGCUCCAGAAACUGGAGUCCAGGGUGAGUUAACAGCCGGGUGGAUUAGGGUGGUUUGAAAGACUGAUUGCUGGACAUUGAUUUAAUCUUAUAAAAAUACACAGGAGCAUUGUGCUAUGACUUUCUGUCAAUAAUCUACCUAGAUAAUGAAAAGCUGUUAUCAUUACAAUUGUAAAAGUACAUAGGAAGAGACAACAAUUGUGCCUCCUUGAUUGAGUAGAGUAAUAUGCCUCUGUUUUGAAAAGAUAUGUUACGUCUGAUUUCACCACCUCAAACGCCUACGUUUAUUUAUUCCACGAAGGUGCGUGAGCUCGAGACUGAGGUGGAGGCCGAGCAGAGAAGAGGUGUAGACGCGGUCAAGGGAGUCCGCAAGUAUGAGCGCAGAGUCAAGGAGCUCACUUACCAGGUAAGAGAAAGUGCCUUCUUCACACACUUGACACAAACACAGACAGGUUUGUGUAUAAAACUAUGGUGCAUUGACUCUUUGAUCUUCUCCCACAGACUGAGGAGGAUAAGAAGAACGUCGGCAGACUUCAGGACCUGGUAGAUAAGCUGCAGUUGAAAGUGAAGGCCUACAAGAGGCAGGCUGAGGAAGCGGUGAGUCACAAACUUAGUCAAAUACUCUGAAAUCAUACAUUCAAAAACAUAUUUUUUCCCCUAGUAGACAUUACAAAACUUCACGUCCAUACAGUUUAGUGGAAGUCCACAAUGACUCAACUGAAGAACUUAUGCACAUUUCUGCCUCCUAUGCCUCCCUAUGCCUGUGUGUUGUUACCAACUUAAAGGAGAGGGCGUUGAAUAUUCAUUUUCUGUGCUGGGGGCUGGUCUAUUGGUAAUGCUGUCGCCCCUGGAGGCAGCGGUUUGAUCCCCCGUUCUGCAACUCACUUUCUCUGCUGUAUCUUCCAUCUCCCUAUUUGAAUGCUGAUGUUAUGCUCUUCUAUUAUCCUCACGCAGGAGGAAGCAGCUAACCAGCACAUGUCUAAGUUCAGGAAGGUUCAGCAUGAGCUGGAGGAGGCUGAGGAGCGUGCUGACAUCGCUGAGACUCAGGUCAACAAGCUCAGAGCCAAGACACGCGACGGUGGAAAGGUACAGAGCUGCUCCUAA